AUGGCAGCCGAUAUGAGCGGCGAGCAGAUGCAGGCCAAGAUUACUGCGGCCAGGCGCGAAGCCGAAGGCCUCAAGGAUAAGAUCAGGCGUCGAAAGGAUGAGCUGGCCGACACAACCCUUCGUGAUGUCGCGGAGAACCAAACCGACACCUUGCCCCGUAUUGGAAUGAAGCCCCGACGAACGCUCAAAGGUCACUUGGCUAAGAUCUACGCUAUGCACUGGUCCACCGACCGUCGCCAUCUCGUCUCAGCUUCUCAAGAUGGAAAGCUCAUUAUCUGGGAUGCGUACACUACCAACAAAGUCCACGCCAUCCCCCUGAGAUCGUCAUGGGUCAUGACCUGCGCCUAUGCUCCUAGCGGAAACUACGUUGCUUGCGGUGGUCUGGAUAAUAUUUGCUCCAUUUACAACCUUUCCUCUCGAGAGGGACCGACCCGUGUCGCGCGCGAACUUUCGGGCCACUCGGGAUAUCUUUCUUGCUGUCGCUUUAUCAACGAUCGCCGAAUUAUCACCUCCUCCGGCGAUAUGACCUGCAUGCUUUGGGAUAUUGAAUCAGGGUCUAAGGUUACGGAAUUCGCAGACCACCUUGGUGAUGUCAUGUCCAUCAGCAUCAACCCUACCAACCAAAACAUCUUCGUCUCCGGUGCCUGCGAUGCGUUCGCUAAGCUUUGGGAUAUCCGUACCGGAAAAGCUGUCCAGACUUUUUCUGGCCACGAAUCUGACAUUAACGCGAUCCAGUUCUUCCCCGAUGGAAAUGCUUUCGGAACAGGUUCCGAUGAUACCUCUUGCCGCCUCUUUGAUAUUCGUGCAGACCGGUCGCUCAACACUUACCAGAGCGACCAAAUAUUGUGCGGUAUUACAUCCGUUGCCUUCUCAGUAUCUGGAAGGUUGCUGUUUGCCGGAUAUGAUGAUUUUGAAUGCAAGGUCUGGGACGUUCUCCGAGGAGACAAGGUCGGAUCUUUAAGUGGCCAUGAGAACCGCGUCAGCUGCCUUGGUGUCAGCAAUGAUGGCAUCAGUCUUUGCACUGGAUCUUGGGACUCAUUGGUGAGUGAUGCAAUCCUUUGGAUUUGGACCGAGAGCCACAGGAUACUAAUAUAUCAUCGGUGA